UUCUCUCUCUUGCAUUCUCUCUCUCUCUCUCUCUCUCCUUCUCUCUUGGGAUGGAGUGUCUGGCCCCGUCGCUGCCUCGCCGGAAACCCCUCCAACCGAAGAAUUCUAAUGCGAGUCCGGCGCCGGCGAGCCUUCCAAAGCUGAAACCGACCCAAAUCUCGCCGUUGAUCAAGGGGGAUACGGACAAGGAGAACCGUCCGAUCCAUGUGGCGGAGAUUGGGCCGCUGGAAGCGUCUCUGGCGGAGGAGCUGGAGGCGAUACGGAGGAGGAGGGAGAGGCUCCGGGUGGAGAGGGAGAGGAUGGAGAGAAUGCUGAGAGAGAGGGAUCAGGUGUUGGAGAUGGCGAUGAGGGAGUGGGAGAGGAGAAGGGAGGAGCAGAGGAUGGUGGGGUUGGAGCUUCAGAGGUUGGUCAGGCUCAAGGAGCUGGAAGUCUCUUGCAUGAGAUUUUCUCCUGUCAAGUCUCUUAGAGCUAAGGAAGAAGAGAAGGGGAGUAUGGAAGCUCAAUCACAGGGAUUGAACUGUGCAGCACAAGAUAAUGAAGCCACACCAAUGGAAAAAGCACCAGAGAACUAGUCAUUCUUCUCUCUCCUUUUUAUUUCAUAGCCACAUCUAAACCCUUGAUAGAUGUUUUCUUUUUAUUUUUUGGGCUACAUGUAGGUUGUGGCCCUGCAGCGAAGUUAAGAAAGUCAAAUACUUUAUUUGCUGUCCUAUGUCAAAUAUUUGCCGAGGCAUUGGAGUAUGUGAGAACAAGUAAUAAUGUGCAUGUUACUCAUACCUAUUUCAAGUCUAUGCUCUUCGGGCUUGUAUCGGCGAAAAGCCAGACAUUAAUGUGGACUCUACUUGAUUAUGCUUGUUCGGUGGCAAAAAGUUGGGACACUAGAA